AUACGAUUUUUGGAUUUUCUUGCCAACUGUUCCGUAGAUUUCACAUAGUAUAGCCAUAGAUACCUCGACAUAAAAACCCUUCUUAAUGACCACAAAACCAUACAGAUAUUAUAUGUUAACGAAGAUAAUUAAGUUCAAUUAAGACUGAAAACAGAACCGACACUUAAAGGUAAUCUUUUUUUGUGAGUAGAACAGAAGGAAAACGGAUUUGAAAAUUGGGCAAUGUGAGAUCAUCGCAACGACAAAACUCCUUAAAUGAAAAUACUUUUCCUCAAAAACCUCAUUUCUUUCUGAAAAUUGUACCCGUGUGUGACAGCUAAGAGUAAAACGCAAAAACACAGAAAAGAAACGGAAAGGGAAUUAAAAUAUGGAUAGUGUUUGGUUAUUGCUGUUAACUUUUACAUUGGGRCACGUAUCAUGUAAAGAUAACAGUGUUGUAACKGAGAGUAGUUACAUGGAUCGUACAGAAAUUGUUAAUGCCACGAUGUUGACCGAGCGAAUGUUGCAUCCAAGAUUCUAUGAUAGUAAAGCAAGACCUAAUGCUGGAAAGAAACCAGUCGACGUUUAUCUCAGCAUUGGUGUCCAGGCYUUCACGAGCAUCAAAGAGACAAACAUGGAAUUCACAACUUCAAUGUUCCUUCGACAAGAAUGGACCGAUAUCAGGUUAGCUCAUGGAAUGGAUGGCACCAUAUCACUUGGGGGCAAGGACGUAGACAGGAUAUGGCGCCCUGAUACGUACAUCAACAACAACAAUGAUUAUGAGCUACAUCAAGAAAAUCAGCUUGCUCUCAUCUCCAAAUAUGGCGAAGUYUACUUCAGCGCAAGGAUGUUGGUGAGAGCGUCWUGUCAAAUGUAUCUACAAAACUUCCCGAUGGACGUACAGAAGUGUUCUCUGAUCUUAGAGAGCUUCGUUUAUACAAACAAUCACGUAGCAUUUCACUGGAAAGGACGUAAUCCAAUCAAAAUCUUUAACAAGGAACUUGCUGAAUUUGAUAUGGAUAAAUGGGAGAUUGAAGAGAUCGACCAAAAUUAUGUUGCAGGUCCUUACAGAAACCUAAAAGUGUCCUUCACAUUUCGACGUCGCCUUGGGUUUUACGUCAUCAACUUUUACGUCCCGUGCGUUGUCAUGGUGAUAAUGAGUUGGAUAGUGUUCUGGAUGGACUGUAAUUCUAUUGGUGAACGAAUUUCACUUGGAAUCACGACCAUCUUGACUAUUGUCUUCCUACUUGGUUCCAGUAAUUCGACCAUGCCGCGCGUCAGUUAUCCGAAGAUGAUAGACUGGUAUCUAAUGGGAUCRUUUCUCUUUGUUUUUACUACCCUGAUCACGUGUCUUCUGAUCUUCAUGCUUAAUCAAAUGACGAGAAAGGACMGRGUAACGCUGCCAUUAGACAAAGAAGCGCAGAAUCGUCCUUCAACACCAAAUUCAAUGGAGUCACCAACAACAACACCAGAAGACCUGGACAUGAGGAAUCACAUCUCGCACUACGUGGCUGACUCGCAGGGCGCUGUCUACCCGAUCAUGCGCAGCCGUAUCCACCAUAGGAAGGGAAAGCUUGUGAUGAAUCGCAGUUUAAGCAGAAGCCUUUGCGGKAUUCCUGCCAACGUCACAAAGGCCGACUUUGGGAUUAUUGUCAACAGAAUGUGUCGAUUACUGUUCCCAUUCGCUUUCUCUGUGUUCAAUGCGGUCUACUGGACCGUGAUAGCCUCGUGAACGACCAUCAUAGGUAUUGAUCAACCAAUGAUUGAUAAACACGUAUUGCCCUCUGAUUGGCUCUCUUAGGCAUCUUGCUGCUGAUUGGUUCGCGUCAUGUCUGAUACCCUUUGGCCAUCCAAGGAAAGGCUCUGGAUAAUGCUCUUUACUCCGACGAAGGAUUAACAUCCGAAACGUCAGUAAGUUUUUCCACAUACUUUUUUACGGUGUUAAAUUUAUCUUUUCACAUAUCUGGAUAAUCAACUCUUUGAUGAACUCAUGGGCCAUACUAGAUUCUCAAAAACUGGGCUGACACUUGACGUUUUAGAUACACUUGUAUCCUUCCUGGCCGUCAAGCUAAUAGAGAUUUUURUUUCUUGGCUGAAAGGCAAGGAAAGGUUUCUUGUAGACUGCGACUCUGAAGCUUGUGAAUGUGGGACGAAAGCUUCAACAAAUAUAUCUCUUAAACGUUGAAGCUUAAAGUCGAAAUAACUCAAGUAUCUUUUCAAAACAUGGCGUACUAGCAAUGAAUCAUAAAGUAGUGGUUUCCAAAAAAAAACGAAAGAUGCCUAAUUAGAAAGGUUGAACUCCAAAACAAAAAUAUAGUUGUAAAUUUGUAGAUUUAAAUCACGAGUGAUAGUCACAUUGUAUAAGAUAAUGAUACUAUUGAAGUAUUUGUAGUUUCAAAUGUAGUUGAGGUUCACAUUACUCAUUGAUAACUAGUAAAGGCGCACCAUGAAAACGAAAGACUUUCAAGUACAACGAAGGACUAACAGGGGGAUUCAGGGGGUGUUUAUUGGUGCACCAUCAACCCUUAUAAAUAUUACAUCAUGUUGAGCCAAUAUCAUUCUGAUGACAAGUAACAUUAAAAAGUGGCAUGUUGCAUGUAUUUUAUCUAAAGAAAAACAGAUCACUGACUGGCUAAGAUCCAAGAUCCCCCAAUGACCAAUGUACAAAAACGUCAGAGUACGUCUUCUCUAUUUUAGAAUGUAAAAAAGUUAUUUACCAAAAGAAAUCUAUAACUAAUAAUAAACUGCAAAAUGUUGAUGAUAGUAUUCAGCA